CGUGUGGUUUAAUCCUCCGCGGCUUCCGUAUGGUGUCGUGGCGCUUGUGGAGUGCGAAGGCGAAAGUACAGCGGCUCUAAAUAGGAAGAUAAGCAAAUAUUUGUAAUAGGUACAUUUCUUUCAAACUGCAGUGAUCGAUAUCAUAUAAAGGUUUCCGGCUGAUAAUGAGGCGCGCAGGUUUGAGUGAGGGCGGCCCUCCAGGCAAUUACGUUGCAAGUGGAUACAGUGUGUAUGAGGAGGAGAAUGAACAUCUACAGGAGGGACUGAAAGCUAAAGUACAUGCACUUAAACAUCUUUCAAUUGAUAUUGGAAAUGAAGUCAAGUACCAGAAUAAAAUGUUAGGAGAAAUGGACUCGGACUUUGACUCAACUGGAGGUCUGUUGGGAGCCACCAUUGGUAGAUUGAAGCUCAUCUCCAGGGGAAGCCAAACCAAGGUGUACUGCUACAUGCUGCUGUUUGCCCUGUUUGUGUUUAUUGUCCUGUACUGGGUGAUCAAACUGAGGUGAUCGUAGGACUGAUGAGACCUUUCGUUCGUGCCAUGCUUAUUUGAGGUAGAGGGUCAGAAUCCUCACAGAGAUGACGAGGACUGAGGUUAUUGAGGAGUACGAGAGUGCUUUCUUUCCACUGGACAAGAAGUUGAACCAUUGAUUGACAAUGUGCACUAUGAGACAAAAAUCUGUCCUAACCCACCAUUAGUGUUCCCCGAGGGGAAGGGAUAAUGCUAGUUGUCUAAAUCUUAUCACAAAAAAUAUUUUGAAGAUUAACAACAUGCAUCUUUCCUUCUUUUUUUCAGAAAUAAUGACCUUUGUUUAAUGGUAUUAUUCUUUUAGGAGAACUUCAGUGAUAUAAAUGUGUGCUAAUUUAUAUCUUCUAUAAGGAUACAGAUAAAUGCAUUUAAAAGAGUAGCACGAAACAGCACAGUAGUUCUCUAAUCAUAUAGUUGGAAGUA